CUUCCCCACUCACAUAAAUCUCUCUCUCUCUCUCUCUCUCUGCCCGAGCCCAGCAGUAAAAAAAUCGGGUGAGGUGAAGAGGGGAGGGAGAGUCCUGUGAGAAGCGAGCGAGGGGAACGAGGCCGGCCGCGAAAUCGGAGGUGAAUUCGAGGGGAGGAGCUCAGCCCGGCCGGGAAUUCGCGCGAUUCGGGCGCGGGCGAGGGGGGCGCCGGGGUGAGCGCGCGCGCGGAGGCGCCGCGGAUGUGAAGAUCUGGUGCUCGCCAUGGCUCCUCCCGGCGGCGGCCGCUGCUGCUGCUGCGCACGCGUCGGGAUGUGGAGGCGUCGGGCGGGAGCGGGGGCGGGGGCGAGGGGGAUGGCGCCGCGGCGGCGCGAGGUGGCGGCGGCUUCGGCGGAGGCGGAGGUGGAGGGGCGGAGGACGGCAUGUACACGGAGCUCUGGAACCUCUGCGCCGGCCCGCUGGUCACGGUGCCCAGUGUCGGGGACAAGGUCUACUACUUCCCGCAGGGACACAUCGAGCAGGUGGAGGCAUCGACCAACCAGGUGGCUGAGCAGCACAUGCAACUGUACAAUCUCCCAUGGAAGAUCCUGUGCGAGGUCAUGAACGUUGAAUUGAAGGCCGAACCAGACACUGAUGAGGUUUAUGCCCAGCUUACUCUGCUCCCUGAAUCGAAGCAGCCAGAUGAGAAUGGCUCUAGUGAGCAAGAGAUGCCUGCUGCACCCUCUGCUGCACCUGCGAGGCCACGUGUGCACUCGUUCUGCAAGACCUUGACAGCCUCGGACACCAGCACACAUGGUGGCUUCUCGGUGCUGCGACGUCACGCGGACGAGUGCCUCCCGCCACUGGAUAUGAGCCGUCAACCUCCAACACAAGAGCUUGUGGCCAAGGAUCUGCAUGGUGCCGAAUGGCGCUUUCGCCACAUAUUCAGAGGUCAGCCACGAAGGCAUCUUUUGCAGAGUGGCUGGAGUGUCUUUGUUAGCGCCAAGCGACUUGUUGCUGGGGAUGCCUUCAUCUUUCUAAGAGGUGUGAAUGGGGAGUUGCGUGUUGGAGUUAGGCGUGCAAUGAGGCAGCAAGCAAAUGUUCCAUCUUCAGUAAUAUCAAGCCACAGCAUGCAUCUUGGAGUUCUUGCUACAGCAUGGCAUGCUGUUAACACUGGAACCAUGUUCACUGUCUACUAUAAACCUAGGACAAGUCCAGCAGAGUUUGUGGUUCCCUGUGAUCGCUACAUGGAAUCGCUGAAACGAAAUUACCCAAUAGGGAUGAGAUUUAAAAUGAGGUUUGAAGGUGAAGAGGCUCCAGAGCAAAGGUUUACUGGGACCAUUGUCGGAAAUGUGGAUCCUGAUCAAGCUGGAUGGCCUGAAUCUAAAUGGCGUUACCUUAAGGUGAGGUGGGAUGAAGCUUCCUCCAUUCCACGCCCUGAAAGGGUUUCUCCCUGGCAAAUAGAACCUGCUGUAAGCCCUCCCCCUAUCAAUCCGCUUCCGGUGCACAGACCCAAAAGGCCUCGCUCUAAUGCUGUAGCAUCCCUGCCUGAUUCUUCAGCUCCGACAAAAGAAGCGGCUCCUAAGGUCACAGUGGAGGCUCAACAGAAUGCCCUACAAAGGGUCUUGCAGACGCAGGAUAAUGCAACCCCAAAAAGUGCUUUUGGUGAUAAAAGUGAGCUGGAUGCUGCUCAGCAGUCAGUCUUGCGACCAUCAGGAUUUGAUCGGGAGAAGAGUACCAUUGGUACGCAGAGGAAGCUGGGUUCAGAUAGUUGGAUGCAGAUGAGCAGGCCUGAGAGUUACAAUGAGAUGUUAUCUGGAUUAUCUGGAUAUCAGCAACCUAAAGAUCUACAAAAUCAGCAGGGAUUCUGUUCUUUACCUGAUCAGAUUGCUGCUGGCCGUCCUAACUUCUGGCACACUGUAAAUGCUCAUUAUCAGGAUCAGCAAGGCAAUCACAAUAUGUUUGGUUCAUGGUCCAUGAUGCCUUCAAGUACUGGCUUCGGGUUGAACAGACAAAACUAUCCAAUGAUACAGGAAGUUGGUGCGAUGCCUCAGAGUUCUGCAAAUACCAAAUUUGGGAAUGGAGUUUAUACUCCACUGCCUGGCCGUGGCAUCGAUCAAUACUCAGCUGGAUGGUUUGGCCAUAUGGUACCUGGUUCUCGCAUGGAUGAUGCACAGCCACGCGUGAUCAAGCCUCAACCUUUGGUUCUUGCUCAUGGUGACGCUCAGAAAAUGAAAGGCAAUUCAUGCAAGCUUUUUGGAAUUCACCUUGACAGCCCAGCUAAAUCUGAACCUUUGAAGUCUCCACCAAGUGUUGCAAAUGAUGGGAUGCCACAAACUCCAGCAGCAGCUGAAUGGCGGAGGGUAGACACAACUGAAGUAGAGAAAAGUUCUGACCCACCUAAGACGCCAAAGCAACUUGAUGCUCCACAGGCAGAUCCUGUCCCAUGCCCACAAUCUUCAAGAAGCACACAGUGUAAAUCACAAGGUGGAUCAACCAGAAGCUGCAAGAAGGUCCACAAGCAAGGAAUCGCCCUUGGCAGGUCUGUGGAUCUUACAAAGUUCAAGGGCUACACGGAAUUGGUCUCUGAGCUGGAUGAGAUGUUUGACUUCAACGGUGAGCUGAAAGGUUCUAACAAGGAAUGGAUGGUUGUCUACACCGACAACGAAGGCGAUAUGAUGCUGGUCGGCGAUGAUCCCUGGGACGAGUUCUGCAACAUGGUCCACAAGAUCUUCAUCUACACAACGGAGGAGGUCCAGCGGAUGAAUCCAGGCACCCUGAACUCGGGGUCUGAGGACAGCCCUGCUAAUUCAAUGGAGAGGGGUUCUGCUGUCAGGGAGACACUGCCAGCCUCAUCCCUUAACUCUGGGAACUGCUAAUGCCUUCGCAGCUGGUCUUUUGAAGUAACAGCAGAGGACGGAAGGCGAUGUAUCCAUAGGUCUGGUAGUGGAGCUUAAUGCUUUUUAUAUGCAUUUGGAUGAGCCCAAAGUACCCUAGUAUUUAUAGCUGGCGCUCGUCCUGGUGGUCUUAAGUCGAACCCUCUCAUUUGCUGCAGUUUUGGUUUAUCUUUUGGUGAGGUAAGUUAGCCGGUCGCUUGUCCUACCACCUAAUGUAUGCGUAGAAACAACUGAGCGAAGCCCUCCCGCGCUUUCCCUCGGCACUAAGCGUUGUACAUAGCCGCGCCGCACCCCCCCCCCCCCCCCCCCCCACCCCCCCACCCCGGCAUCAUCAAGUAUAAUAUAUUGUCCGCUUAAUCGACA